AUGAGAAAGCGACCCGAGGGCCUCGAUGCGGUUGUGUACUACCCGAGGUUGAUAAACUCACCCACUUCUCUAAGUAGCCGAGUGCCUGAAGAGAGUCGAAUCCCACAUCAGGGGUAUAAGCGUGGUAACACACAAAACGUCCGGCAAAGUUAUGGUGCUGAAGAUGAACCAGCAGCGGGCGAACCGACCCAACAUGCUUCGGGAGGUUCAACUCAUGAACAAACUCAAACAUCCUAA